UUCCUGAAUAGGCAGCCUUACGUGUAUCUCACGCGUAUGACAAAACAUUUCUCCUGUAAAUUGGAUUCUUUCAAACUUGUAAUCCUUUUCUCCCCUGUAAAUUCAACUUUCAAAUUCUCAAAUUUCGAUUUUUUCAAAUAUUUUCCGAUCUUCUUUGUUUGAUCUCUAAUCAAUCUUUCAUUGAAUUAGCCAAAAAUCCCCUAUUUCUAGGGUUCAUAUCUAUCACCUAAUCCACAAAAAAAAGAAAUGCUCAAAAGCUUCAGAAAGAUCCAUUACUUAGGACACUGUUCAUACGAUCUUUUCUAAAAUCAGCUUUCUUUCUGAACACCCUUUUGAGUUCUGAGCAAAACCCAGAAAGUUUUUUGGCUAGUUUUGUGGUUUCUCGGAACACCCUGUUGAGUUCUGAUCAAAACCCGUAAAUUUGUUUGGUUAAUUGUGUGGUUCUUCGGACACCCUUUUGAGUUCUGAUCAGAACCCAGAAAUUUUCUUGGUUUUUUUUUAUAUGAUCGAAGAUGUAUAGCAAUUUUAAGGAGCAAGCAAUUGAGUAUGUAAGGCAAGCAGUGCAAGAGGACAAUGGUGGAAACUAUGCAAAGGCAUUUCCGUUGUAUAUGAAUGCAUUGGAGUACUUUAAGACCCAUUUGAAGUACGAGAAGAAUCCUAAGAUAAAGGAGGCAAUUACCCAGAAAUUUACUGAGUAUUUACGCCGGGCGGAGGAGAUUCGGGCUGUGUUGGAUGAGGGUGGAAGUGGGCCUGGUCCAAAUGGAGGUGAUGCAGCUGUGAUUGCUAAGCCUAAGACUAAGCCUAAGGAUGGUGAGGAUGGGGAGGAUCCGGAGCAGUCUAAACUUAGGGCUGGGCUUAAUUCAGCAAUUGUUAGAGAGAAACCUAAUGUGAAGUGGAAUGAUGUUGCUGGAUUGGAGAGUGCCAAACAGGCGUUGCAGGAAGCUGUCAUUUUGCCUGUGAAAUUCCCUCAGUUCUUCACAGGCAAGAGGCGACCGUGGAGAGCUUUUCUUCUUUAUGGUCCUCCUGGGACAGGGAAGUCUUACUUGGCCAAAGCUGUUGCUACUGAAGCUGACUCCACCUUUUUUAGAUGAUGUUUUUAUGUAAUCUGGUUUCUUUAUCAAGAAUCAGAAGUAAUAAGGAACAUAAAGGGCUCAAUCACUAAAUACAAAAUGUGGUUCAAUAUCCAAGUCAACUAGGAAAUAUUUACAUUGCCUGUGUUUUCCUUCUUGGAGUGUGGGAUGGUACUUGUGCCUUUCGAGUUGGCUGAUGUAAGCCUCUUUAUAUACUCAAUAUGCCCAGAAUGUUUUGUUUUGUUUGAAUCUUAAUUAAUCCUGCUAAACCAUCUUGUUCAUGAUCCAUGAGUUAAGGGCUUUGUAGUUUCAUGGGUGUUGCCCCUUAUCUGUUGUGGGGAUGAUUGUGUGCUCAUUAACUAUACUCCCUCCAUCCCGAAAUAAGUGUCACCUUGGCAAAAAUCACGUCCAUUAAGAAAUCAAUAAUAUAAUGUGUAGUUUAUGCAACUACCUUAUUUAAUAAAUGUCUUUUGAAAAUUGAACACUACUAAGAAGAUGGAGUAUAAGGAUAUAGUUGGAAAAACAUGCUAAUUUUGUCUUGAAUUCCUAAGGUGACACUUAUUUUGGGCAAUUUUUUUUGCUAAAGUGACAUUUAUUUUGGGAGGAGGGAGUAGUAUUUAUAUUAGCUUUAUUUUUUUUAUGACGCUUUAUGAAUCUUUUGAAUAUCUACUUCCCAUGAGGUUCUUUUUCUCCAGAAAUGUCAUAUCGGGGUUGUCCCCCUCGGUGGUGUGUCACUUGCAGAUCUAUACAUCUAGGACAGAAUGUGAUGUUGGAAUUGGUUGAUAAACAUACUUUGGUGUUCAAGGGUGUUGAAUGUUUUGUUUUCGUACCAAUUUAUAGAGCAGCCGUGCCAUAGAAGAACACAUCCAGCUUAGUCAUAAUAUCACUGGCUUUGCAUGGGCAUCUUAGGAAGUAUUCAGGAUGUGAAGGCUUUAGUCUAGCAGAUGGGGAUGACCAAUGAGCCGUUUUAUUUUUUUGGAUUUUAUGGUUCUGCAUCUCAGCAUUAUCCUGAUUUUGACCUCUGGAUGAGAUCAUCUUGUAUAUCUCCAGUUUGGUAGACACGUCUAACGCCAAUGCAAGUGAUGCUAUCCCGUGAAUAUUAAGAUUAGACUAGUACAUCAUGCAAGAUGUUGAUGUAGAGCGGAGUCAAAUUGAACCUUCAGUUAAGGCCUUGUUUGUGAUUGCAGUAAUUUCAAUAACAAUUCAAGCUUAUAAUAAUAAAAUUUUAGUAGGAUUAUACAAUCAGGAUUCAUCAGUUUUGUUAUGUUGCAAAGACCUCCAAUGAAGGUCAACAUGUAGAGCUUUUGCUUCGUAGUAGUUGUUCUUUUAUGCUAACCCUCCCAACAACAACAACAAAAAUAUGUCCUGUCACCGGACUCCUGUGGGGGUUAUUGGGGUGCCAAACAUUUUCAUGAAUUGUGACAACCAAGGGAUAGCAAGUGAAAUCAUGCAAUAUGUUGAUGUUUUUCUAGAAGCAAAAAGUAUAUGUAUAAUGGGCCCUUCUCCUGAAAUUUUGAUAUUCUCUGCUGCCAUUAUG